UCCCUGGAGCCGGGGGGCGUGGGGGCGCGGGUUGAGCGUAGCGGCUGGCGCCCUGGCUCCCUCGCCUGGAACCGCGCAGAAGCCCCUCCUUCGCUGCCUCGGCCUCCAAUCCUCUCCGCCGCCUACUCCCUCUCCGCUCGGGUCGCUCAUUUUCCCUGCCCCCGCCCGGGCUCCGCCUCUGCCCUCCUCCCUUGGGCUCCGCUUCGCGCUCCCGGGCUUCCAGGGGGGCUGCCCGGGCGGGGCGGUGUGGCGCGGGAAGGGGGAGAGCCGCCCGCCAGCCCAGCACUUCCAGUGAGCGGCGAGCGAGCGGGCUGCGCGGCGCGAGGGAGGAGGGCUCGCCCCCGCCCGGCCCGAGCGGAGCCUUUUGUUCCCAGCCAGAAGUUUGCAUGCCGGGACCGUGACAGCUGCGGGCGGGGAGGACGGCGGGGCCGGCGGCGGUGGAGAAUAGAGGCGGCUGCUUGACAUGCAGCCCACGGCGCGGCGACUGCGGGUCGGGGACUGGCAGCGGCGGGGGAGGCGGCGCCCACAGCACGCGGGACUAGAUACCGGAGGGACAAACUAACUUCCUGAGCGCGGAACCGGAGGCCGGCGCGGCCCGGAGCCACCUGCCAGCCUGCGGUGAGGCAACCCUGGCCCUCGGGGCGCGCGACAUGGCGCGGGGGAGUGGGCCGCGCUAAGCGAACCCUCGCGACAGACCCUCGGCCGCUGCUGCAGCUUGCCGGCCUUCAAAGGCCCGGCGCCGGGCUCCACUCGCCCUGUUUUGCGGUCACAGCGCUGGGCUGUUCUGGGAGCCACAACAAUGCCAUGAUGUUUUGGAGACAGGAAGCCCCAAGCUGGCCCCGAAUGAAGGACUUCCUGUGUUUAAAGUUGCAGGAAUAUCCGCCGACCAGCCCAGUUCAAACGCAAACACCCGAACCAGGGAGGACGAAUGGCUAAUUCAGACCAGCUGGACUCUCCAGGGCUGGAACUGAGGAUAAAAUGAAAGGAAUUCUUAGGAGCUUGGGCCAUACAUGAAGACUGGAGUGGCUGUGCCAUUGUUGCUAAGGGACCCAAUCGGUAUAAAUCCUCUGCUUCCAACUAUGGGUGAAAAGCGAGUGGAACUAGAUACUGAGUAAGGCUUGUCAAUGUCAGAGGAUAUUUUUUUUUAUUGACUAAAUUAGAGCAGUGCUCUUUAAAACAAAACAAAACCCAGAAGCCAUACAAGGAAUUAUUUCAUGUUUGUUGAUUAAAUUAUACCACUUACCUGCAACUAUGAGGCUGCUAGCCUGUGAGGAAAAAGCUGUUCCUCUCAGAGUUUCUUGCAGAAGGUUUCAAAGUGGAACUUCCAGGCCCUUCUGGAGGGCAAAUCCAGUUGGCGAUUUGGGGUUAUGAACAUGUAAAGGGAUUUUUAACUUACGCAGAAUGCAUUUUGGGGGAACUCUUCAAAAACUUUUAAAAGGUUGAUGGUUCAUUUUGAUUGAAAAAGUAUGGGUAAGCCACUCAGCAGGCCAGACUGUUUAAGGCAGAACCCCACCUGCCUGGGGAAAGGAGAAGAAGAGGAUGGUUAUAUAGAGGAUUGCUAUGUUCCACAGCGGUCUAUAUAUGAUACAAUGAGGAUAAAUGAACAAAUUGACCAGGGGUCAAAGCUUAAUCAGACUUCAAAAAGCACCAUGGAAAAGAUGGAAGGAAGUACUAUAUCCAGCAAUGGUACGUUAGGAGCAGCAUCUGUUUUUGAGUCUAGAGCACCAGAAGGCAAAAAGCUGGAUGAGAGAAUAAUAUUCGAUGCACUGAAGCUAAGCAGUGAUGUUCAGAAGUCAGCGCCUGUGCCACCCAGACGGCGACCAAAUGCGGAACGCAAAGACAAUGUUAACAGACGAUCAUGGAAGUCCUUCAUGCCACCCAAUUUCCCGGAAUUUGCAGAAAGGAUGGAAGCUUCGCUCAGUGAAGUUUCAGAAGCUGGUGCUUCAAAUCCUUCCUUGCAAGAGAAGAAGGAAUCCAGCUCUGCAUUAACAGGAAGCUCUAGUCGUUUGGACCACAGGGAACCUCAGUCAGAGUCAGUAACCCUGGAACAUGUGUCCAAACCUGUAGGUAUUCCAGAAGUACAAGAUGUGAAAAACUUAAGUGGAGAUGGCCAAGACUUCAGAUUUCAGCAGCACAGUGAGAGCUCGCCCCAUGAAUUCCAGCCUCGAGAAUCAGAAGCUGCAGCAGCAAGUGGGAACACAGAUGUAAUGCAGGAACACAGAUUCUCGAGUGCAACCUGGCCCAGAGCCAUGAAAAGUUUGGCUAAGGGAGGCUUCAGUGAGAAGCAGCACCCCCUUGGGGACACAGCUUGCACUGUGGAAAUACCACCUCUCUCCCCAUGCCUCAGUGAAGAGCUCUUGGAUCCAGAAUUGCAUGUUUUCAUAACCCCCAGCCUGAGAGAGAAAACAGAGUCAGAACUAAAGUUUGAGGAGGAUGAGCGAUGGAUCAUGAUGGAGGCUGAGGAGGAGUGGGAGCAAGAGAAACUGUCAGAGAGAGGAAAGACUUGUCUAAUGGCGGAUGAGAAAAAGAACAGCCUGGCAGAUAUUUUGGAAGAAAGACAACAAAUAAACACUAUAGCAGCGGUGGAGGAUGGAUCCGGCUGCUCGGCUGCUGUCUUGGGGAAUUUUGACCACCUAGCUCUUAGUUGGAUUUGUUGCUCUGAUGACCUACAGCCAGCUAAGGACCAUCUGGCUUCUGUUGUCAAGGAUACAUCUCUUGAUUACAGUUGUGUUCUCGCAGGUGAGAGUGGGGUAGGUGAGCUGAAAAACGGAUCUGCCCAGGAGCUAGAGGGUCUUGUUUCCGAUUUAGAAUACGCUGUUGGUCCUGUCGAUUCAGAGCAGCUCUCUGACACAGAUUCAGUGCAGAUGUUUCUUGAACUUGAAAAAGAGUGUUUAUGUGAAGAAGGAGUGACUCCUGUAGUUGAGCUGGAGAACCAAGCCUCUUUUGAAGGGCUGGCCCCAUUCCAGGCUGCAGAAAAUUCACUGGUAAUUAGUCAUUUUCCUGGGGCUGCCUUAGAAAAGGAACACACAGGCCUUUUAAACGUAAGGGUAAAGGACUGUGAUGCUGGACUGGAUUGUGAAUAUUUUAAUGCCCUGGCUUCUUCUCAGGUGCCUAAUACUAUGGAACUUACUGACCACUCUGAUACCAUGAGGGACACUUCCACUGUUAGUGAGGAGGAGUGUGAAAAAGUGCCUUUUAGCCCCACGACUGAAGGGGAAUUUAAGUUCAGACACCCUGCUGAUCUGGAGUCACCGGGAAAGCUGGACCCAGGAGGGUUGCCCAACUCUGAUCGCAGGGCUUCUCAUAAAGAAAACUUAUCAGCCUUCGAAGCUGAGCUGGCCAAAGAAAAUGGCAGUUUGUCCCAGGUAGACAGCAGUCAAACUGAGGGGAAUGUUGAGUGUGUUGAGAGGGUCUCCCUCAGUUCUGCUUUUAGCUAUGAACUAACAGCUAUUACCUCAGGAUCCGAUGUAGAGGUGUUACCGGACGCUUCCCGUUUACUAACAGAUGAGAUUUAUUUAGAAAGUGAGGAAGGAGCUAUUAAUCAAGAAAAUACCAUUCUGACUUCCUCCGGAAAUGUGCUCCCUUGCGAAUUGUCCAUGGGGAAAGUUUAUGGUGAGGCACAAGAGCUGGGUUAUGAAGCCCAGCUUUUGGAAGACCGAGCCCCAGCACAUUUUCGUAGAGACUCCCCGGAACAGGUGGUCCAGGAUCUCCAGGGGAGGUCCCCAGAGUCAGAGAUUCUGAGUCUGCACCUGCUGGCUAGAGGAUGGAGACACAGCAGUGAUGGCGAGGAAACUGUGAAUGAUGUAAAGCCCAGGCUGCCUGUGGCAUCGUUGAAGGGAGGGAAGACAGAAAUGAGAGAUUCAGAUGCAUUGCUGAAUAUCUUUCUGGAGGAACAAGUUACCACGGCUGGUAAUACUGAGCCGGUUUUGGAGGAGUGGGUAUCCAUCCCACAGAAUCCUGCCCCAGCUGCUGCACUGUGCACUAUAGAAGAUGCCUUCAAUGCUGCAGUGCCCGCCCCAGAGGAGUCUGCUAUAGCUGCUGUUCCAGUGCCCUUUCCACAGGAGGACAUGCCAGUUGCUUCAGUGGCCACCAUCGAGGCACAUGUUCCAGCUACUUCAGUGGUCACCAUACAGAAGGAUGUCCCAGCUGCUGCACUAUCAGCCCCACAGGGGGCUGCUGUCCCAGCUGUUACAGUGCCUGCUUCGGAGGGGACUGCUCCAGGUGCUGCAGUGCCCACCACAGGGGGUGACAUCUCAGAGGGCUCUGUCACCCCAGCUGCCUCAGUGCCCACCCCAGAGGAACCUGCAGCCCCAGCUGCUGUAGUGCCCACCCCGGAGGAGCCUGCAGCCCCAGCUGCCUCAAUGCCCACUCCAGAGGAGCCUGCAGCUCCAGCUGCUGCAGUACCUACCCCAGAGGAGCCUGCAGCCCCAGCUGAGCCUGCAGCCCCAGCUGCUGCAGUGCCCACCCCCGAGGAGCUUGCAGCCCCAGCUGCCUCGGUGCCCACCUCAGAGGAGCCUGUAGCUCCAACUGCUGCAGUGCCCACCCCAGAGGAGCUUGCAGCCCCAGCUGCUGCAGUGCCCACCCCAGAAGAGCCCCCCAAUCCAGCUCCUGCAGUGCCCACCCCUGAGGAGCCUGCCACCCCAACUCCUGCAGUGCCUGCUCUGGAGGAAGUGUUCCCUGCUGAUGUGCCCAUUCUGGGAGAUACUGCCCACACUGAUACAGUACCUGUCUCAGAGGAAGGAACUACUGCUUUAGAGGAGGGUUCCCCUGCUGGAAUGUGGAUCAAGGAGGACCUUGAUUCCCCAGCAUUUGGAAUAAAAGAGAUGACUGGCACAAUGCUGCUUGGGAAAGUGCCUCUGGCUGCAACUGAUGGAUUAAAUUCAAAUGAGGUAAUUGUUGCUCAUUUUGUUGGGUAA